GAGGAGACCCGCAUCAUCCCCCGCCUGCUGGCCAUGCGCCAGGCCUGGGCCCGCUCCGGCCGCGAGAAGAUGCGCCUGGACGAGGCGGGGGUGACCGACCAGGUGCUGGACGCCGCCAUGCAGGCCUUCAUCCUGGAGGUCAUCGCCAAGCACGGCGAGCCGGCCAGGUACCUGUGUAACAAGGACCCCUUCACGCUGAAGUCCUCCGUUUACCUGGCCAGGCUGUUCCCCAACUCCAGCUACCGGGACUGCCUGAGCAAGUGGAACAAAGCCAUCGAGGUGAUGUACUCCCAGUGCCUGGAGGUGGGGCGCGCCCGCUGCCUGCCCGUCUACUACGAGCAGCUGGUGCUGCACCCCGAGCGCUCCCUGCGCGCCAUCGUGGACUUCCUGGGCAUCUCCUGGAGCGACGCCGUGCUGCACCACGAGGAGCUCAUCGGGAAGCCAGGAGGGGUGUCGCUCUCCAAGAUAGAAAGAUCCACAGACCAGGUGAUCAAGCCCGUGAACAUGGAGGCGCUGUCCAAGUGGAUCGGGCACAUCCCGGGGGACGUGCUGCAGGACAUGGCCCACAUUGCCCCCAUGCUGGCCAGGCUGGGCUACGACCCCUAUGCCAACCCCCCC